AUGCCUUCCAAGCAGAAGGAGCGCAAGUCAGUGUAUCUUGGGGUCACACAAGGUCAAAUUGGUAUUCAGAAACGAUUAGAUUGGGAGGAAAAGGUCAUUGAGUUUCUGGACGGGCAGAGCGAGAUACCAAAUUCUAGAAGGAAGUACCGCAAUGAGGAGGAGGAGGAUGAAGAGGAUGAAGAGGAAGAGGAGGAUAUGGCGUAUCCACAUGAGUCGGAUUCGGAUGCGUCGGAUUCGGAUGCGUCGGAUCCAGAUGAGUUGGAUUCAGAUGAGUCGGAUCGGAUGAGUUUAGUUGAAGAUACUUGA